UUCUCCUUCCCUCUCUGUAAAUAGAUUCCUUUCCCCCCUUCUCCUACAUCCCCCACAAUACCUUCAGCUUUUGUCUACAAACCCAAAACAAGAAGAAGAUAUUAUUCCAAUCCUAACAGUUCCACAAGUACUGCGUGCAGGGAUAUCGAUAGCUAGCUCUUUGUUAAACCAUGGCUGCAGACUAUACAUGCUCUUCAUCUUCAUCUUCUUCUUCCUCAAACCUAAGAAUCACAGUUGAGAAGAACCCUUCUGAGUCUCGCUUAUCUGAACUGGACAUCAAGUGCUGGCCCAAAUGGGGUUGUUCUCCUGGGAAGUACCAGCUGAAGUUUGAUGCAGAGGAGACGUGUUACUUGCUCAAGGGGAGAGUGAAGGCAUACCCUAAAGGGUCAUCGGAGUUCGUCGAGUUCGGAGCCGGCGACCUGGUUACGAUCCCAAAGGGACUGAGUUGCACUUGGGACGUAUCAAUUGCUGUUGAUAAACACUAUAAAUUUGAAUCAUCUUAACUAUUUUAGUAUGCAAUCUUCGCAGAUCAUUGUCUUCCAUCUCUGUCUGAUAUAGAUUUUUUUUUCCGAGUUUUUUUAGGUUCGAACAAGAGUGAAUCUAGCUAGUAAUCUCUCUUUGUUCUAGCUAGAGAGGUAGUCAAAGAAAGGGUAAACGAUUAGUUAAUGAACUAAUCCUGAUUAGUAGCUUUAAUGUACCUUUGACCAGUCAAACUAUAUAGUUUCUCUUUUGUUGUUAUUAGAAAAUGCAAGUAAAAAGGAAUUCUUUUGUGUAGCCAAUGAUUUGGACACCAUUUCUCCCUUAUGUCCUA